AUGGGCGGCGAGCGCUACUUCGCGACGCGCGUCGCGCUCGUCACGGGCGCCAACAAGGGCAUCGGCUUCGAGAUCGCCAAGGGCCUCGCCAAGGCCCGGUUCACGGUCGUGCUCGGCUGCCGCGACACGGGCCUCGGCGACGCGGCGGCUCGCGAUCUGCGGACGAACUACGGCCUCGAGGUCGCCGUCGCGCGACUCGACCUCGCGGAGCCGGCGAGCUGGGCCGCGUGCGUCGCGUCCAUCGAGGCGAGCUUCGGCCGCCUGGACCUGCUCGUGAACAACGCGGCGGUCUGCUUCAACGACCCGACGCUCUUCGGCCGCGUCGCGCACACGCCCUUCGUGCGCCAGGCUCGGUUGACGAUCGAGACGAACUUCUUCGGCACGCUCGGCCUCACGCGCGCGUGCCUGCCGCUCCUGCGGCUGUCGGCCAAGGACGCGGCGUCGCCGCGCAUCGUCAACCUGGCCUCCGCGGCGGGCCGCCUGUCCAUCGUCAAGUCGCCCGAGCUCCGCGCGGCCGUGUCCGACGAGAAUCUCGAGAUCUCGGCGCUCGAGGACCUCAUGCGGUCCUUCGUCGCCGCCGUCGAGGCGGGGACGCACGAGGCCGCGGGCUGGCCGAACACGUGCUACGGCGUGUCCAAGGUCGGCAUCAUCGCGAUGACGCGCGCGCUGGCCCGCGCGGAGCCGGACGUCAUGGUCAACGCCGUGGACCCGGGCUUCUGCAAGACGGACCAGAACGCGCACCGCGGCCGCGACCCGGCGAGCCUCGGCGCCGCGACGACGAUCCACCUCGCGGGGAUCCCCUUCUGCGAGCCCGUCUCGGGCAAGUUCUUCGCCCAGGACAAGCGCGAGGUCGACUGGCUCGCGACCUAA